AUGCCUCGCGUUGCCCACACCGCCGUCUCCACCGAGGAGGCAGCCGACCGCCUCGCCAUCCGCGAGCUCUUUGACGAGUACGCGCGCUGUGCAGACCGCCGUGAUGCCGCUGGACAACAAUCUCUCUUCACCUCGGACACCAAGUUUUCCGUCUACAUGUCCGGCGAGGGCAGCGCGGCCUCUUACGUCCUGACUUCGCGUGAGGCGCUCGCUCCCGUCUUUGCAGACCUGAACAAAUACUCGGCCACGACGCACUUUAACGGCCAGUCGACUGUGGCCUUCACGGACGCCACACACAAGAAGGCCACAGGCGAGUCGUAUACCCUCGCACACCACCUAUACACCGAAAACGACGCCAGGAAGAUAAUGGUCGCUAGUCUCCGCUACCAUGACGUCUUCGUCAAGGAGGCUGAUGGACUGUGGUACUUUGCUGAGAGGGAGCUGUUCUUGGACUGGGCAGAGGUGAGGAACUGUCCUGCUCAGUAG